CAAAACAUGCUGAAAACUAUGAAGUCUACAAGCAAUCCACAUUUAAUUACAAUCAUAAAGAUAUAUACGCUCAUAGUGAUAAACAAGACAAUAAUUGUCAAAUAAUAGAAGUGCCUAAUCAAGUAGAAUUUAACGCUAAUCCUAGUGAAAGUAGAAGAUCCCAAUUUGACCAAAGUUGUAAAGAAGCUAAAAUAACAAGAAAAAAUAAAGCACCACCAUGUAAAUGGAAGGAAGAAGCCAUAAUAUAUUUACUAGCCUACUUGAAAGCAAAUAAAGAAAAGGUUCUACGGCUGGAAAGUCGUGGUUCUAUAGCUGUUGAAGAAAUUCUUAGUAAAGAUAGGCCAAAGUUAGCUCCAAAAGUUUCUAACGAAAUACCUUGUCAUAAUAAACGAAAGAUGAGUUCUGGAUUGUCAGAAGAU